GCCAGGCCGGGUGCCGAUUUAGCCUUUUUGAAAAAUAUGGCUUUGUUUUGUAAGGAAUUUAACGAUAAAACUAAAGAUAAGGACGGACAGAUAGUUAGCGUGGAAAUAAGCGUUUAUGAUGAUAAGAGUCAUAGUUAUAACAUUAGCACACCACCUGGUGUUUAUCUACUAAAAAAUAGACGCAAUGAUUAUAAAACGAUAAGGGAAAAAGAAAAAAGAAAAGAAGCCCGAGAAAAAGAAAGAAAAGAAAUUUCAGAGGCCGAAUUAGAAGAAAUUGCUCGGAAAAUGAUGCCUAGUUUGAAUACUGAUGAUAUUGAGAAGGCUAAAAAAAUUGAGAUGGAGGAAGGGGAUGAGGCGGAG